GAUAGUAGGCUGCUAUGGUUGUGUUUGCUAGGGAGACUUUUGUGUCUCAGUCAAGCCAAAAACCAAACCUGUCUCAGAUCAGCCUCCACCUGUGCAGAGUGCAUUCAGUCAGGCCCACAGUGUGGCUGGUGCAUGGACCCUCUGUACAAAACACGCUGCAAUACAAUGAAAAUGCUUCAAAGAGCGGGAUGUACAAGCUCUCAAGUGUAUAACCCUAGAGGUGAAUUGACUAUUAAAAGGAAUGUGCCUGCAGAUGCCCGUUCUAUCUUCCUGGAGCCUCAGCAAUUGUCUCUUAAUUUAAGACCAGGAGUAAAUCUUGUCUUCAGUUUAAAAAUCACCACACCCAGAUACCAACCGGACCUGACGCUGGAAACUACUGCAGUACCAGAAACUGUUAAUAUCACAUUCAAGGAAAUUUCAAGUGAAAAUCCUAUGGUUUUUGAGGUAAAGGUAAAGGCUGAUAAGUGCCCCAGCAAUGAUGAUUCAAAUCAGCCACAAAAUAAAACUGGACCCUGGUCUGUCGAUAUCAAGACGAAUAUUUUUCCACAAAGUGUCAACUUGGAUAUAAGUUUGGAUUGUCAAUGUGAAUGCCUAAACAAACAGGAGCUCAACAGCCCUGCAUGUAAUGGCCAUGGCAGACUGGUGUGUGGUGUGUGUCUAUGUCAGAUGCCCUACAGUGGGUCAUAUUGCCAAACAGAUUCUACGUCUACAAUGAACGAUGACUACUGUCGCUCCGGCCCCAAUGCUCCAGUCUGCAGUGGGAGGGGCUUUUGUGAGGAGGGAUUCUGUAUUUGCGAAAAGCGCCAAAACCCAAAUGAGAAGUACUUUGGUCAAUUCUGUGAAUGCAGCAACUUUGACUGUCCGUAUAACAAUGGCAGGAUCUGUGGAGGGCGGGGGAUGUGUCAGUGUGGACAAUGCAUUUGUGAGGGGGACUGGGCAGGUGAAGACUGCAGUUGUACAAUGGACUCUGCUCCCUGCAUGGCUGAAAACCAAAUGAUUUGUAGUGGACGGGGCACAUGCGUCUGUGGGAGGUGCAAUUGUGAACCACCUUACACUGGCCCAACCUGUGAGUUCUGUCCCACUUGUCAAAACCGAUGCCAGGACAAUGCGAGCUGCGUCGAGUGAGGAGUGUUUGGAACAGAAAGAUGUGAGACAGAGUGCCAUGAAAACACUGUGAUACUAGUAGAUACAAAAGAUGAUGUACCCACACCUCUAUGUAGAAUGAUCAGCCAAAAGGACAGUUGUUUUUUCCAUUUUUCUUAUUCCAGAUCCUCUAGUGGCCAAAUGACUGUGGCAAAGACAAAAGAAUGUCCUCAACAUAAUACAAAUAUUUAAAAUAUAGGUUGUUCCUGGCAGUGAGGCUUGUGCUGUGCUGAAAGCGGAGAUCUCGGGCCUGCAAACUCAGCUCCUGACAAAGCUCUGUCUUCUUCUUUUCUGAAGCAAAUAAGAAU